AUGAACAAUCAUAGAUCAUUUAAAAAAAGAAAUGGCGAAAGCUUAUGUAAUCGCCCUCUUUUUCUUUGCUGUUUAUAUUUCCUCCUCCCUAGCUUAGCAGGUAAGUUCAGUGUCGUAGGCCAUGUUUACUGCGACACUUGCCGUGUUGAAUUCGAGACCAAGCUCAGCCAACCCAUAACUGGUGCAAUUGUGAGGCUGGAAUGCAGGAACCGUACCACCGGAUCCUUUACCUAUCGCAGCCUAGACACAUUAACUGACGAAAAGGGAGACUACAAAAUCGAAGUGGAGGGUGAUUAUGGUGAUUCAGACUGCGACGUCAUGCUGGUGAAGAGUCCCAGGGCAGAUUGCAGUGAUCCAACCGAAGAGUGGAGGAAAGCCAGGGUUGUCCUCACCACGCUCGACGGCAUCAGCGGUGAUAUUCGCUUUACCAACAACCUUGGGUUCAAAAUCAAGGAAGCUCUGCCUCAGUGUAAACAAGUUCUUACAGAGAUGGGUUAUUUUGAGCUUAGAGAUGAACUUGGAAACGAAGCAACAAAUCCCUAAACGCAAAAUUAUGUAUUUUCGUUUCCACUUCUAUUAAGACUUGUAAUUUCUCCCCUCUAAUAAGAACUUAUUAAUUAUUAUUAUUACAA